AUGAUUGGAGGAAAGCCCAAUUCUUGGGAGGACCGUUUACCUUUGAUUGAGUUUGCUUACAAUCGGUCCCUCCAUUCCUCUAUUGGCAUGACUCCAUUUGAAGUAUGUUAUGGCUUUAAUCCUUUGAUUCCUUUAACCUUAACCCCUUUAGCUAGUGAUGUUGUUGUGAGUUUAGAUGCAAAGCAAAGGGCGGCCGAAAUGAUGAAAAUCCAUGCUAAGGUAAAGGAGAGCAUUGACAAGGUCAACACCAAGGUAGCCAAGAGACAAAAUCAUGGGAGAAGAAAGGUGGACUUCCAACCCGAUGAUUGGGUUUGGGUUCACUUCCGAAAAGAAAGGUUCCCGCAAAUGCGAAAAGGAAAAUUGAGUCCAAGGAGAGAUGGACCAUUCAAAGUGCUUGAAAAGAUCAAUGACAAUGCCUACAAGAUCGACUUGCCAAGUAUGCCCUUAGAUUCGAGGACGAAUCUUCUCCAAGAAGGGGAGGAUGAUAUGAACCCAACAAGAACAAGGCCUUUCACUAGAAGUCAAGCAAGAGAAUUUAAAGAGUUGCAAGCCUUGUUCAUGAAAAAGGAUGCCUUGGAGGAGAUUGGAGAGAAGACUUCGCGGAUUUACAACGUUUGGGAGCUGGAUCUUGAUGAUGUGUUUCCAACGGAACUCCCACAAGGAUUGCCACCCUUGAGGGGAAUUGAACACCAAAUUGACUUUGUCCCGGGGUCUCAAUUGCCAAACAAACUGGCUUAUAGAGCCAACCCGGAUAUUACUAAGGAGCUUCAAAGGCAAAUGGAUGAGCUCCUUGAAAAGGGAGUUGAGCGAGAAAGUAUGAGUCUAUGUGCCGUGCCUGUGAUCUUGGUGCCAAAGAAAGAUGGAUCAUGGCACAUGUGUGUUUAUUGCCGAGCCAUCAACAAGAUUACGGUAAAGUAUCGCCAUCCCAUACCUCGUCUUAAUGACAUGCUUGAUGAGUUGAAUGGUUCAUGGAUAUUCUCUAAGAUAGAUCUUAGGAGUGGGUAUCAUCAAAUUCGGAUGAAACCCGGAGAUGAGUGA